AUGCUUGUGUUUUUUGUCGUGUUCUUCUUUGGUCAGCAUCUUGUGCAUUGUAUCCGACCCGUCUCACUGUGGGUGGACAGAGCAUGCGUGCACCAGACAGACCACGAGCUCAAGCGACGACAGAUCCGAGCACUCCCGGUUUUCGUCGCGCAGUCUUCAUCCAUGCUUGUGUUGUGGGACGACGAGUACUUCCAGCGUCUGUGGUGCCAACUGGAAUUGGCCACCUUCGCGAAGCACGGCAGUGCGCAGAAGGUGCAUUUCUUACCGCUUUGGCGGGCACCGUGGCUCCUGUCGGGACUCUUGCUGGACACUCUGGUGGUCACAGGGGUGAACAUCUUGAACUAUCGUAUUCCUCAGGAAGUCCUCACCUCGCCGACGACGUUCUCCGCCAUCCUCCCACGGAGACUGCUCGAGUCGGGCUUCGGUCCUCUGGUCACCCUCGCCGUUUUUUUCGUCCUCUUGGGCACGGCCUUGGGCAUCCUCGUGUCCAUCCCGUGGACCAUGGCUUGCAGAGCCAAGUUAAGGAGCCACGCCUUGAUGCUGGAGCAGAUGGCAUGCUUUGACUGCCGAGCUGCAGAGUGCACGGUAGAGGCUGACAGGAUCCUCGUGGAGCAGCAAGUCCAGAACCUGUUUAGGUCGGUUCUCGGCGAACGAGAAGUUAUGGUUCUGCCGACAACAUCCACCGGAACAGAGGACAGUGUGGCUUAUACUCAGACUGAUGAUGAAGCCCUGGACGCGUUUAACAGCUACAUUCGCGGCCCACUUCGGACUGCCGUCAUGGAAAGUGUGGGAGAUCAGCUCCAUGUGCCCUACAACAUGUGUCUGGUAGCGUCUCUGCCCAUGAUCUUUUACUCCGCGACCGACAUUCUCCAAUGCGAUGCUACAUGCAUGUCCAACAUGGGAUACUCAUCCUUUGGCAAUUACCUUUUGCCGAUACUGUUGAGCUGGCUCUCCACAAUCGUUUUGGUCGUUCCCAUCUUCUAUCCAGUUUUUCUUCGGAUGCUAAAGUGCGCCUUUUCCGUCCAGUCGGAGCUGCUGCAGCUCCUUCUGGCAGCUCUAAGUGGCAUCUUGACAGUCAGCUAUGGCUUCCUGUGCGCUGCUCCGCUAUUCGGACUUCUUGCCGUAAGCAACCAAGAAGGAUCCGUGGCUGUCUUACCUCUUCUUGUGAUUCUGGUAUUUCUGCUCAUGCAGCUGCGAUGCCUCUUCGGUACCGAUCGAGACGCUCGAGGCUCGCCGGUGGAUACCACGUACCGGGCCUUGCAUGCGGCAGACGAUUUCAGCAUCUAA